AUGAUUGAGAAAAGUGAUCUAGACUCAUUAUCAUUCACACGCUUGCGACAUCGCCACCCAUGGGAGAUACUGGUAGGAAAAUUUUACAAAGGAUCAGUGGCUGUACUUGGGGAUGCAAUGCAUGUUAUGGGUCCAUUCUUGGGUCAGGGCGGUUCAGCAGUCUUAGAAGAUGCGGUGGUUCUUGCUAGAAAUACGGGGCAGAAGAUUAAUAAUCUCGGUCAAUCUGAAGGGGUGCAACCAAUUAGUAGACACAUGCAGAUAGAAGAAGCCUUUGAUCAGUAUGUUAGGGAGAGAAGGAAGAGGAUUGUGCAAUUAUCAUUGCAGACUUACCUAAUAGGUGUGAUUGUGGGAAGCAAGUCAUCUGUGGCCAAAUUUAUUGCUAUUGUCAUACUGGACGGAGGAUGCACCAUGUCGUUGGUAUUUCCAAUAGUGGUUGCAGGUGUUAUUCCUAACUGCAACGCAUUGCACGUCCUCCCUUCUGCACAUUCUUAUUCCAGAAUGACUGUAACCAGAACUCCGGAACUCAAUGCUCCACUUAUUAUCACCGGUCUGGAGGAAAUCGAUAGCGAUAUAGAGCAAAAGGGCAGCCCAAAGAAACAUCCAGCAUCAUCAUCAGGUGGAUGGAGAUCAGCAUCUUUUAUCUUAGGUGGGGGAAUUCUUGAGAAGUUUGCAUAUUAUGGGGUAGAAUCAAAUCUUAUUACAUUUCUUACUGGUCCAUUUGAAGAAUCUGUGGCAGCAGCAGCAUCUCAAGUGAAUACAUGGAUGGGUGUAGUUUCACUAGUACCAAUUCUGGGAGCAUUGUUGACCGAUUCUUUUGUCGGUCGUUAUAGAUCGAUCAUCAUUUUUUCAACUCUCUACAUCAUGGGAAUUGGCCUUUUAACCCUGUCAGCCACAAUCAUUAGGCCUCAGACAAAACGCAGAUUCCUGUUUUUUGUAUCCCUUUAUUUAAUGGCACUAGCACAGGUAUACAAGGUGUGUAUACAAGCCUUUGGAGCUGAUCAAUUUGAUGGAAACCAUCAACUUCCAAGUAAAAGCAGAGCUAAGAUUUCGUUUUUCAACUGGUGGAUUUGUGGGACGAUUUCAGGUGCUGCAUUAUCUCACUUACAUUACAUCCAAGACAACAUAAGUUGGGGAAUCGGUUUCGGGAUUCCAUGUUUUGCUAUGAUUGUUGGGCUUGUCCUGUUUUUACUUGGAACAGCAAUGUAUCGAUUUCCAGCUGCCAGAGUCAGCGAUGAUUCGCAUAAUUUUGGUAAACAACUGUCUUUAUCAGGUCGGCGGGUUCCCGAAAAUAUGUUAACGAUACGGUUUUCAAGAUUGGUCAUGUCGUCGAACAAUGCCGUUUCUCGACUGUAUGCUAACAACAACCUACAACGUGAGGCUGAUGAGUGCGGCUUCGAUGGCAUACUUGAUGCACUUAAGGAAUUUAAAGGAGGAGUUGGUCUAGGCUCGGACCGAGAGGGACCAAGCACUUAUCGAGAAGGCCGCUCUCGAGGAGAGGAAUUGCAGAUACAAGCCAAAGAGCAGGAGUUAGCCUCUGUGCAGGCUAAAUAUAAUGAAUUGGAUGAGAAGCUGAGGGCUUUUGCAGAUCUGCAUAUCUCGAGGGAGGACCUCCACAAAUGGUGUGUUGCCUUCUGGUUCAGGAUGUUAUCUUCAGGUGGCAUGACAGCAGCUAUCGAGGAGGUCAAUUUGGCUACCACAGAGUAUGGUGCUCAUAGAGUAGCUGUUGCCGGCCUCAAGAGGCUUAGAGGACAGAGGCCCAUCAAGGCCAGGUGGUUCAAACAGUUCAUGAAAGAGAGACCGAAGAAAAACAUGUAUCAGGCAUUGGUAAAGGUCCUCACGAAGCUCAGUAGCGAGCAGCUGCCUUUAUGGGAGGCUCUAUGCGAAGCUCUCAUUAAGAUGGGUACUCCUAAAGAUAUGGCCAUGUUUCCUGGUGAUCCCGCCAUAAUCUUGUCCAAGGGCCCAAGCGAUGAGGAGCCAACCCCUGAGGUGCCGGAUGAGUAUAUCGGCAUCGAGCUCGAGGAAGAAGAUGAUGAGGCUUCGAGGGAAGACGUGGCUGAUACUGGCAACUCGGGAGUGCAGAAGAACGUCGGAGAGACAUCUCCGAGUCAUCCCAAGGAUUGUUCUGCUGGACAAGAUGAUGUAUGA